AUGGUUGGUUUAAACUUUGUUAAUCAGACUGAAAGUUGUGAUUGCAUGAGAAUUUAUGAUAAAAAUGUAUUUUGUUUUUCUGAAUGGAUUUCACAUGUUAAAAUUUUAAAUAAAGAUGUUCAAAUGGUUUAUGGAACUAAUGAAGCUGCUCAGGAAGAAGAUAGUGUUAAAUAUACAGUUCAACAUUUGGAAAUACUAAAAAAACCUGAAAAUAUCAAAAAUGAGUCAUUGUCAAAUUUAAUUACAACUCCUUCAAAUACAGCUAUGUCUGGUGCACUUAAUUCUGAUAAUACCUUAACAAUUAGACUUUGUGGUGGUUUAACUUUUAAUGAAGAUAGUGAAAAUUCAAUUAAAAAAAUUAAAAACUAUCAAAAAGUAAUUAAUUGUUCAUAA